AUGUCGUCCUCCAACAAUCAGAAACUGCCGGAUUUCCCCGACGUCGAGGCGAAGCUCCAGAAGCCAUCGAGGCAGUCCGCGUUCGAGAAACAGAAGGCUGAUGCCGAGGCCAAGCGCAAGAGGGAGGCUGCCGAGACCGCUGCCGUGUACGAGAGCUUCGUCAAGAGUUUCGAUAACGACGAUGACGACGACAAUGGGAACAUGCCAGGCCAGCGCGGCGGUCACCAAGGAGCGAACCUCGGUCGCCCAGGUGGAAAUGGUCCCGCCUUUGGGGGUGGAGACCCGCCGAAGAGACAUUUCGGUGCAGGAAACGCAGGUCUGGGCUUGAAGAGCGGACCUGGAUCUCUCCCCCCAGCGCCGCCCGCCUUCGGCAAGAAGAAGUUCGACAGCUUCCAACAAGGCUUCAACAGGAAAGGCCUGGAUGACGGGCGUGGGCAACUCGGACCUCGUGACGAUGACAGUGAAAGGAGCCAGGCGUCGAGACCCAAGGGCAUUCCCAAGGCAUUCGAUACCAGCGAUGACGAGACCGACACGCGAUCUCGCGAUGCGGCGGAGGAGAAGGCCACCGCGAGACCUACACUCCGGCUGUCCAACCUACCUCCCGUCACUUCGCCUGCCGUGAUUAAGGCCUUGAUACCCUCCACCUUGACCGUGGAGAAUAUCAAGAUUUUACCGUACAACAAUACGAGAGGGGGCGAGCGGAAAUCCAUCGCCGCUAUCGUCACACUCUCCCAGGAGACCCCAGCAGCUGAUAUCGAGGCCGCUGUCAGCUCCCUGCAGAACAGGUAUCUUGGCUACGGGUUCUACUUAUCACUUCACAGGCAUCUAUCCUCUGCUGUUGCCACCACAACGAUACCGACACUAUCGUCCUCGUCGACAUCCCAGGCUUUCGGUGCCAAACCUGUCCCUCAAGCAAACGAAAACAACAUUUACAAGCCUGGUGGGUUUCACCGCGGGUUCGCUCCGCCGUCGUCCUAUGGACCAGGUGGUGGUCCGAUGCAGAGGACCAUUCUACAUGUUCCGGUACAACCCCCAAAGGAUAUCAAGCAGAUUCAGCUUAUCCACAAGGUUGUCGAAUCGGUUCUGGAGCAUGGCCCCGAGUUUGAAGCUCUUCUCAUGUCGCGCCCCGAUGUGCAGAGAGAAGAGAAAUGGGCCUGGCUUUGGGACGCUCGCAGCGAGGGUGGUGUUUGGUAUCGAUGGCGGCUGUGGGAGGUCAUCACGGGCGCCGAGGCGAAUGCUGUCCGACAGGGGAAGUAUCUGCCACUCUUUGACGGCAGCCAUGCGUGGAAGAUGCCUGAGAAGCCACUGACUUACGAAUACACUACUGCGAUUGAUGAGUUCGUAUCGGAUCCAGAAUACAGCUCCUCUGAUGAGGAGGAUUUCGAGGACGAAGGCAACAAGCCCCCGGAAGGUGGUGACAACGAGAAAACAUACCUCAACCCGUUCGACAAGGCAAGGAUGGCACAUCUACUUGCACGGCUUCCUAUGACCCUGACAAAGAUUCGGAAAGGGGACAUUGCCCGCAUCACCACCUUUGCCAUCACCCAUUCUAGUCGUGGAGCUGACGAGAUAGUCGACAUGAUUGUGUCAAAUAUUGUGAAGCCAUUAGCCCUCACAUCCGCAAACCCAGAGCACAAGAAAGGUGGGAGUGACGAAGAGCUCGGACGCGGGUCCCAGGAUGCAACACCAUUGCCUGAGGACGUAGCUGCGAAGACAGCCGAGGCACAGGAUACCAGCGGCUCCAGCUUAGUUGGUCUCUACGUUGUCAGUGACAUUCUCUCGUCCUCGGCUACAAGCGGACUCCGACACGCAUGGCGCUAUCGCCAGCUCUUUGAGACCUCGCUCAAGCAAGGCAAGGUCUUUGAGAUCUUGGGCCUCACUGCCGAACGCCUGAAUUGGGGCAGACUUCGUGCGGAGAAAUGGAAGCGCAGCAUUGGUCUCGUCCUCAGCCUCUGGGAAGGCUGGUGCGCAUUUCCUAACGAGAGCCAGCAAUUAUUCAUGCAGACGUUCGAGAACCCCCCGAGUGCGAAGAAGGAGGAGCAGACGGAAGAGGUGGUCAAGAAGGCGGGCAAGUGGAAGACCGUCGAAGCGGGGUCUGGGGUACUCGGCGAAGAGAAGGCAUUCCUCCCCGUGUCUACACGCACGGACGCAGGAGAUGACAAUGGGGAGGGUGGGGCAUCGAUGGAUGACGUUGACGGCGAGGUCAUGGAUGAGGAUGCGGACAUGAUGGACAUGGACCUCGACAGCGACAUCGAUGGCGUACCUAUGGACGACGACGAGGAAGAGGGUGGGGUGGCCAUGGAUCAAGAUCAAGCAGACAAUAACAAUGCCGACGAAACCAGUCACGCAGAGAAGCCCCGCGCGUCUCCACCGAAAGAAUCACAACAGCCCAGGAGGCGCUUGAGGGCGGUGGAUAUGUUUGCCGACUCUGACGGUUCGGAUAAUGGCAGGUGA